CGAGACGCUUUUACCUGAACUUGCAACACCCAAGAAAACUUCUGAACAUGACUGGUCAGAUUCCCCAUCAAAUUCCCGCUUUAAACAUAAAAGAAGUAAACAUCCAGGUAAAAAACAACGUACCACCACUACUUCUAAUUCUCAAGAUUACGUGGAUCUUCUUGUUUUUGGUUAUGAAGCAAAAUUAUUUCGUGACGACGACAUGUCACAAAAGGUCAAUAAUGGUGAUUUAUUAAUACCUUGGAGGGGUGAAAUCGAAAAUAAAAUUUUAUUAGAUAGAUAUGAUGUAAGAAACUUACUUGAUGAUCGUGAUCAAUUUAAAAAAGUAACAUAUACAUUAUCAAGAAAAUCUGAAGAAAUUCAACAGGAAAAAUUAUGUGAAGAAGAAAGAUGGGCUGAUCUAGACUCUGAAGCAGAAGAUCUAUAUGAAAUGUCUGAAGAAGAAAGAGAUAUAUACACUGAGGAAAAAAGAAAGCGCAAAAAAACAAAAGAAGAGAAUAAAGAAUAUGAAUAUAGAUAUAUUCCAAAAUUUACAGUUCCUCAAGGAAUGCUUACGCCUUCAUCUAAACGUAUUGAUGAAAUAAUAGAACGUACAGCAAAAUUUCUUAAUGACAGUAGUGAUCCCCAAAUGGAAAUAGUCAUUCAAGCAAAACAAGCCAAUAAUCCAAGUUUUUCUUUUUUAAACAAGGACGAUUCACUUUAUCCUUAUUAUAAACAUAUCAGGUUAUUAUUACAAACUGGUCUUUUUGCUUAUGGAAAUAAUAAAGAGAAUGUUCCAUCAGAAGUUUCUGCAAAAGAUAUUAAUGAAAAUAAAAAAAUAGAUGAAAGGGCACAAUAUGAAGAAAGUUCAACAGCCCAAGAGCAAAUAUCUUCUACUUCAUCUGUUGGUUCCAAUAUCAUCACCAACAACACUACCAACACCAAUUCAACCACUACUACACUGACUCAUAACCCUCAAAAACAGUCUAGACCAACAAUUCAACCUUUUGGACCUGUAAUAGUACCACCUCCAGAUCUUAAAGUUAUUAUUGAUAAAAUGGCAAUUUAUGUUGCAAAAAAUGGUCAAUCUCUAGAGGCUAAAGUCCGUGAAAAACAUAUAGAUGAUUCACGAUUUAGUUUUUUAUUGCCAUGGAAUGAGUUUCAUCCUUAUUAUAAACAAAAAAUUGAAGAAGAUAAAAAUUUAAUUGAAUCCAAUAAUGAUAAAGGAGAUCAUUAG